AUGUGCUCGGCCGGGGCCUUCGGGAGCAGGCGACCACCUGUGAGGCGGGGCGAGGGACGGGUCGUCCACCGGGAGUGCUUCCGAUGCUCCCUCUGCGCCACGCAUCUCCUUCCCGGGUACGAGUUCGCCCUCCGCGAGGCCAAGCUCCCUCUGCAGCCACCCCGAUCGAAGUACAAUGGCUCCUCGCCGGGGCUGACGGGAGCCAAGGAGUCCUGUCCUGGGCGCCCGCCCUCGUCCUCCUCGUCUUCGCUGCGUUCUCACGUGCCGAAGGCCGCGGCGGAGAAGACGACGCGCGUGCGGACGGUGCUGAAUGAGAAGCAGCUGCACACGCUGCGGACCUGCUACGCAGCCAACCCUCGUCCGGACGCCCUGAUGAAGGAGCAGCUGGUGGAGAUGACUGGCCUCAGCCCCAGGGUCAUCCGGGUCUGGUUCCAGAACAAGCGCUGCAAGGACAAGAAGAAGUCCAUCCUCAUGAAGCAGAUCCAGCAGCAGCAACAACAGCAUAACGGGGACAAAACGAGCCUGCAGGGCCUGACAGGGACCCCGCUGGUGGCAGGCAGUCCGAUCCGGCACGACAGCGCAGUUCAGGGAAGCGCGGUGGAGGUCCAGACCUAUCAACCCCCCUGGAAAGCACUCAGCGAUUUCGCCCUCCAAAGCGACUUGGACCAACCUGCCUUCCAACAACUGGUCUCCUUUUCCGAAUCUGGCUCUCUGGGAAACUCCUCCGGCAGCGACGUGACCUCCUUGUCUUCCCAGCUCCCCGACACCCCCAACAGCAUGGUUCCUAGCCCAGUGGAGACGUGAGAAGACCAGCCUUUCGCCACCCAAGCGACUUCCCCGCCCUUACGGACACGUGCAUGCGCCUGCUCCCUGCAUGAGAUCUCUUGAGCUCUGUGCAAACUCAGCUCUUUAAAUUAUUGUCUUUAUUUAAAAUCCCAGCUCCUUGUUCUCCUCAUAUCCACGUUGGCUGCGUUCACUCCCAGCUCCAGACUUUUUAUUGCCUUCUUCCAAGCCUCAAGGAGGGCAAAGCAAAGCAAGACCUCCGAGAGAUCCUGGUCUUCCCACUCACUCCCUGGAUCUUACUAGAAUUACAUCUGAAUCAUGUAAUGGUAGUUUUAGUGAACAUUACCCCUUUCAGUUUUUUUAUUUUGUUAUGUAUUUUAAUUAGGAUGGAACAAGCUCGAUUCACUUUGGAACUGAUGGUUCUUCCUUCCUUUGGGUUGGUCUUCACCAGCUCCAUCAUCUCAGAUUCAUAGCUAUGUUGCAUCUAUGUUGACCACAAAACUCAUCACCAAGCACCAUGGGACUGGACUCACCCCCCGUUUGCCACCGGAUUCCAAGCAUCUGGGCAAAUCUUGAACUUUUUUGUUGGUGGCAAUGUAAAGAGGAAUAUCUUUCUGUUUAUUCCCCUUCUCUCUCUUCUCAAGCCCGCAUGAUUGCUGGAAAAUAAUCUACAGGACUAGAUCUUUUGCCUUCUCUCCCCUUCCCCUCUUUGCCAAUGUUAAAUUAUCUUAUGGACGGAGAUAUGGUUGUCUGAGCCUUUGGAGACCAAAGUAAGUUAUUGUUAUUUAUUAUCACGGCCGCAGAUAAAUGGUGGGACCGAUAUUUUGACCUAAAUGAUGAAAAUAAUAAAUGAGAAGUACCUGAGGGUGAA